AUGUCCGAAUUUUCCAGCGACUUUCCUGAGGAGCCGCCGCCGCCGCCGCUCUGGAUCCCGCCGCCGGGGGCCUCGCAUCCCGGGCGGCCCCUCGGCUUCCCCGAGCUGCCCCGAAAGCGUAAAAUCGACGCGGGGGCUAUGACUGAGCCUUCGGUUUCGCCCAGCAAGCGCCGCGACGACGGGGAUACCGGUGCUCAGGGCGGCGCGGAGCGUGAGGGCCGCGGCCUGGAGACCGGCGAGUCGCAGCUGCUGCAGCCGCCCGUGCGGCCCCGCGGGCCGGGGGAGGAGCCCCGGGGUGUCCGGCCCCCGAGAGGCGGUGGCGACGAUGGGGCGGGGCGCGCAGAGUCCCAGCGGGGAGACUGGGGGGCCGCACCGCGCCAGCUCAGUGAAGAAUUUUGGCAGUAUAACACCUUCCAGUACCGGAGGAACCCUUUACCGCCUAUUGAUCUGGCAGACAUUGAGGAUGUAAGCGAAGACAAGCUGAUAGAAACAGCACUGCAGGGCAAGAAUGAAGUGGCUGAGAUUGACAUGGAGUCUUGA